CAUAAGCAUCUGAUGGAACUGGCGCUAAAGCAGACAUAUCAAGACACCUGCAACUGUAUAAAAUCACCCAUCAAACUGGAGUUUGAGAAGCGACAACAGGAACGUCUGUUGCUGUCUCUGCUUCCUGCUCACAUUGCCCGAGUGAUGAAAGCUGAAAUCAUACAGAGACUACAGGGGCCAAAGUUUGGUCAGGUGGAAAACACCAACAACUUCCAUAAUUUAUAUGUACAACGUCACACCAAUGUCAGUAUUUUGUAUGCUGACAUUGUUGGAUUUACCCGCUUGGCCAGCGAUUGCUCACCUGGAGAGCUGGUGCAUAUGUUGAAUGAGCUAUUUGGCAAAUUUGACCAGAUUGCUAAGGAAAAUGAAUGUAUGAGAAUAAAAAUUUUAGGGGACUGUUAUUACUGUGUAUCUGGCCUCCCAGAGUUCUUGCCAAAUCAUGCCAAAAACUGUGUGAAGAUGGGUCUUGACAUGUGCGAAGCUAUUAAGAAAGUGAGAGACGCCACGGGAGUGGACAUUAAUAUGCGAGUUGGUGUUCACUCUGGAAACGUUCUAUGUGGUGUGAUUGGCCUUCAGAAAUGGCAAUAUGAUGUCUGGUCACAUGAUGUGACUUUAGCCAAUCACAUGGAAGCAGGUGGUGUGCCUGGACGAGUCCACAUCACCUCAGUGACUCUUGAGCACUUGAAUGGGGCAUAUAAGGUUGAAGACGGAGAUGGCCAGGAGCGUGAUCCUUAUCUAAAAGAGCACGGAGAUGUAACCUUCUUAGUGAUCAACCCAAAGGCAGAAAGAAAAAGCCCUCAGCACCACUACAGACCCAGACACACCAUAGAUGGGGCUAAAAUGAGAGCUUCAGUGAGGAUGACCAGAUACCUGGAGUCAUGGGGUGCAGCCAAACCUUUCGCAAACCUUCACCACAGAGACAGCAUGACCAAUGAGAAUGGAAAAAUCAACACCGCUGAUGUCCCCAUGGGCCAGUACCACUUUCAGAGGCGUUCAGAGAGAACAAAAUCUCAAAAGAAGCGUUUUGAGGAGGAGCUCAAUGAAAGGAUGAUUCGAACUUUUGAUGGCAUCAAUUCUCAAAAACAAUGGCUCAAGUCGGAGGACAUUCAGAGAAUAUCUUUUUUCCACAAUAAAACAUUAGAAAAAGAGUAUAGAUCAACGACCCUGCCAGCCUUCAAAUAUUACAUCACCUGUGCCUGCUUGAUAUUCUUCUGCAUUUUUAUUGUGCAGAUCCUGGUUCUGCCAAAAACUGCAAUAUUGGGAAUAUCAUUUGGAAUGUCUUUCUUAAUUCUGUCUGUGAUUCUGCUCAUUUGCUUCAUUGGGCAUUUCUUGCAUUGCGAUAAGACAGCCUCCACAUCUUGGCUCUGGAUCCUUAGAUCCUCGGGAAUCAUCGCCAACAAGCCCUGGCCACGCAUCACCCUCACCAUGGCAACCACAGCCCUCAUCCUGAUCAUGGCUGUCUUCAAUAUGUUCUUUGUAGAAGACAACCUAAUCCGCAGAGAUACUGUUUAUAAUGCAUCAAAUGAGACACUUCUUCAGCCUGAUGGACAUCCCAUAUCUUACCUGGACAACAACACAUUUUACCUUCCUUAUUUCAUCUACAGUUGCAUUCUGGGCCUGAUUUCCUGCUCGGUGUUCCUGAGGAUCAACUAUGAGCUGAAGAUGCUCAUCAUGCUAACAGCCGUGGUGCUCUACAGCGUCAUCAUACUUCAAACGCAUGCAUCUCUGCUGGACGAGUAUAGUAGAUUCCUCUAUAAAACAGAGAUCCUGGAUAGGCCAGGAGUACUAAAAGACUUGAAAACUAUGGGUUCUGUAUCUCUCUUUAUAUUCUUCGUCACUCUGCUUGUUCUAGCUAGACAGAAUGAAUAUUACUGUAGGUUGGAUUUCCUGUGGAAGAACAAGUUCAAGAAAGAAUGCGAGGAGAUAGAAACCAUGGAGAACCUUAAUCGUGUGCUGUUGGAAAACGUUUUGCCAGCCCAUGUAGCAGAGCACUUUUUGGCCAGGAACUGGAAGAACGAGGAUCUGUAUCACCAAUCAUAUGACCUGGUGUGUGUGAUGUUUGCUUCUAUCCCGGACUUCAAAGAGUUCUACACAGAAUCAGAUGUAAACAAGGAGGGUCUUGAGUGCCUCAGACUACUCAACGAAAUCAUUGCAGACUUUGAUGAGUUGCUCUCUAAGCCAAAGUUUAGUGGAGUGGAGAAGAUAAAGACCAUUGGAAGCACAUAUAUGGCGGCCACUGGACUCAAUGCCACUCCAGGACCAGAAUAUACACAGGAGCAUGACAGGCAGUACAUGCACAUUGGUACCAUGGUGGAGUUUGCCUUUGCACUGGUGGGGAAGCUUGAUGUCAUCAAUAAACAUUCCUUCAAUGAUUUCAAACUCAGAGUGGGUAUUAAUCAUGGACCUGUGAUUGCUGGAGUGAUUGGAGCUCAGAAGCCCCAGUAUGACAUUUGGGGCAACACAGUGAAUGUAGCAAGCAGAAUGGACAGCACAGGAGUCCUGGGAAAAAUACAGGUUACAGAAGAGACGAGUUGCAUUUUGCAGACAUUAGGCUACAUGUGCACAUGCAGAGGAAUUAUAAAUGUGAAAGGCAAAGGAGAGCUCAAAACAUACUUCGUCCACACUGAGAUGAUGUCUUUAUCCCAGGGGAAUGUAAUGCCAUGAAGCAUAGCAACAAACAUGCAAUGAACUGCAGACAUCCGCACACAGGAAUAAAAGGGACAUUUGUAAAUAAUUGCACCUAGUCUUUAGAUGCACGGAGUAUUGGAUGUAUUGAAAGUGAUACCAUUUCUACUGUAUCUCAUAGGCAGGGUUUGUGCACAGGGUACUUCUGUAAGUAUGGUAGCAAUUAUUUUGUAAGAAAAUCAAAUAUAACAAAAAGUGUUUUGAUGUUUCAAUGCCAUUGUUUUUCUUUAUUUUUCUUUUUUUUUUAAAACUUCAUUAAACUUUAUAUGUACUUGUCUUGACGGCAUCUUUAUUUUUGAGACAUUAAGAGUUUUUUAAACGCUGUAGUUACAAAUUCAGGAACAAGCUAGUACUCAAAUGUUUCUGUGUCGUGUCACUAACAUGCUGUGCAUGAUGUGUCACAAAUUUACACCAAGGGCAUAUAGAUGUAGCUUUGCAGGGACAUAUCCCUAUGACAGUUGUGAAUGCAAUAUAGUAUUCUGUGUUUUUA